AUGAACACCUUCUUGUCAGCUAAUAGGUCUGCCAGUGGGGAGUCUCGUAGCCAAGAGUACCACAGUCAGCAUUCUGAUAACCAGGGCUCCGGUAGCGAGCUCACGCUUCCUGUUCCACUUCGGGGCUAUGCAGAUAAUUCCGAUGACGAAGGGGUGUGGGCGCGAAAAACUAUUCUUUCUUUUGACGGUGGGGGCGUUCGAGGAUUCUCAAGUCUAUUGAUCGUCAAGCGAUUAAUGACUAGAAUCCGAGAUAUCGAGUCACACCAUCUAGAAGGCCCAGUACACUCUAGUGUAUCGUAUCCAUGGAUGGGAAGUGAUCUACGUGACGCAGCUGGAGUUGACGAGCCGCCAAAUCUAUCCGACCGCGUCGAUGAUUUUCUUCCUUGCCAUUAUUUCGAUUACAUGGUUGGAACUUCAACUGGAGGGCUGGCUGCUAUUAUGUUAGGCAGAUUACGCAUGACAGUGGAUGAGGCACUAGAUCAAUAUGCGGAGUUUGGCAACAAAGUCUUUGGAAAGCCAAGAUGGUUCCAUGAGCGCUCUCUCCUCUGGUACCCUAGAGCCAAGUUCUCAUGCCGUAAGACUCGGGAUGCAUUCAAGAGCGUCGUUUAUAGAAGCAUCGUGAGCCAGCGAGAUAACAUCCAAGACUACGAAGCUUCAGCUGCAGCGUCGGCUGAGCCAUUCAAAUACCGUGAAGAUCGUACUCGGACCAUGGUCAUGUCAUUCUGUAUUGACCGGGAGGCUGGCAUUUCGUGUCCAUACAUGUGGAGGAGCUACGACCACCAGUUCGACCCAGAGACAAGAGAUUCCAAUCAAUGGAACCCCCUAAAUCCCGAUUCCGCUCAUACGGAGAAGAUUUGGCAAGUUGCUCGCGCGACCUCUGCUGCACCAAGAUAUUUCGAAUGUAUCAAGAUUGGGAAAAAGAAAUUCUUGGACGGCGGUUUGUCUGCGAACAAUCCCUCGUUGGCCGCACUAAGGGAAAUCAAGUCGCAACAUCAGAGUAUCCCUGCUUUAUUCCUAAGUGUGGGGACUGGAAAGAAGCGCGCCAACUGCAAGAGAGUUCAUACACCAAGAGACGAUAUUGGAGAGGUACUUCGAGAAUUCGGAAGGUCCGAGACAAUCGACAAUGUCAGGCGAAAACAAUUCAUCAAGAAAUAUCUCGAGAUUGGACGUCAUGCAAAGGAUAAUUUGAUCGAUACUGAAGGAGACAACGGUGUGAAUGGGUGGCGAUCACACGCCCAGGCUAUGGGACUAAAGGAGACGUUCAGGCUCAACGUCGAAGAUGAUCUGUUCCAGGUUUCCCUCGAUGAUUGGCGCCCAGCAAAUACAGGACAGACAACCCUCGAAAAUAUCAGAAACCAAACUGAUGCCUACCUGCAAAAAGAAUCUGUUAUAAAGCACAUUGAUUCGAUUGCACGUCAAGUUGUUGACAUCCGGCGGGCCCGGGCGCAUACAGAGCGAUGGGAGUUAUUUGCGGUGGACGUGGACUACUAUUGUCGAGAUGGAAAAUGCGCGGUCGCAACCCACUACUCUUCUCGUGAUAGGUUGAGGAACCAUCUCGAAAAAAGCACCAAACAUCGUGGGAUGAGCCCUGAAGAAGUCGAAGCCUCACUCAAUUCCGGUCGAGUAGUCAAAGUUCGAAAGCCCAUCAACACAGGUAUUUGA